UCGUGACAUCACUUCUCAUCAUCCUUGCGUGAGACAGCGCGAGUUGAAGAAAGAGUUUUGAGAAACUUGAAGAACAUGAGCACGCACCCAAAGUGACCUAGUAUCAGUUCAGAUCAGACGUAUAAAGUUAACAGACGCUGAAGUUCACAAAAGACGAUGAUCGCCUCCCAUUUACUGGCGUACUACUUCACCGAGCUACACCAUGACCACGUUCAGAAAGUGGACAAGUACCUGUACCACAUGCGGUUGUCUGAAGAGAACCUGAUGGACUUCUCCAGACGCUUCAGGAAAGAAAUGGACAAAGGUCUGGGCAGAGACACUAACCCAACUGCUGCCGUCAAGAUGCUGCCCACUUUUGUUCGCUCCACACCUGACGGAACAGAAACGGGUGACUUCCUGGCCCUGGACCUGGGUGGAACCAAUUUCCGGGUUUUGCUUGUGAAGGUGUCCAGUAAUGGAAAGCAAAAUGUGGAGAUGGAGAACCAGAUCUAUGCCAUUCCAGAGAACAUCAUGAGGGGCAGUGGAACAGAGCUUUUCGACCACAUCGCUGAAUGCUUGGCCAAUUUCCUCCAAAAAAUGGGCAUCAAAGACAAGAAGCUGCCUCUUGGGUUUACCUUUUCAUUUCCCUGCCAGCAGACCAAACUGGAUGAGAGUUAUCUGGUGUCGUGGACCAAAGGCUUCAAGGCGAGCGGAGUGGAAGGAAGAGAUGUCGUAGGUCUUCUGCGAAAAGCCAUUAACAAGAGAGGGGACUUUGACAUUGACAUCGUUGCUGUGGUUAAUGACACUGUUGGCACCAUGAUGACGUGUGGCUAUGACGACCAUCAUUGCGAGAUUGGCCUCAUUGUCGGUACGGGCACCAACGCUUGCUACAUGGAGGAGAUGCGACACCUGGAGAUGGUGGAUGGAGACGAGGGUCGUAUGUGCGUGAACAUGGAGUGGGGGGCGUUCGGAGACGACGGGGCGCUUAAUGAUAUCCGCACCGAUUUCGACCGAGAGAUUGACGCGGGCUCCCUCAACCCAGGCAAACAGCUAUUUGAGAAGAUGAUAAGUGGAUUGUACAUGGGAGAGCUGGUUAGACUCAUCCUCGUGAAGAUGGCCAAAGACGGACUGUUGUUCCAGGGUCACACCACGCCAGACCUGCUCACCACAGGACAUUUCCAGACCUCGUUCGUCUCUGCCAUUGAAAAUGAGAAGAAUAAUGAGGGCCUGGUGAGCACCGAGCAGGUGCUGAGAAGUCUGGGUUUGGACCCGACGCCUGAAGAUUGCGUUGCCACGCAGCGAGUGUGUCAGAUCGUGUCCACGCGUGCCGCUCACCUGUGUGCCGCUACGCUGACCGCUGUGUUGAGACAGAUCCGGGACAAUAAAGCUGCUGAGAGGCUGCGCACCACCAUCGGAGUGGAAGGAUCCGUCUACAAAAACCACCCGCUGUUUGCUCGGCGAAUGCACAAGAUGGUGAGGAUGUUGGUACCUGACUGUGACGUGCGUUUCAUGCGCUCUGAGGAUGGCAGCGGCAAGGGCGCUGCCAUGGUAACCGCUGUGGCAUAUCGGUUGGCAAAGCAGCACGUGGAGCGCCAGCGUAUUCUGGACACCCUGCGGCUCAGCCGAGAUCAGCUCCUGGAAGUAAAAAGAAAAAUGGAGAAAGAGAUGGACCUCGGUCUGGCGAAAGAAACGCACCCCACGGCCACCGUCAAAAUGCUGCCCACUUUCGUUCGGUCCACACCGGAUGGAACAGAGCGCGGAGACUUCUUGGCACUGGAUCUUGGCGGCACAAACUUCAGGGUACUCUUGGUGCGCGUUCGAAGCGGGAAGAGACGGAGUGUCGAGAUGCAUAAUAAGAUCUACACCAUCCCUCAGGACAUCACGCAGGGCACCGGGGAAGAGUUAUUUGAUCAUAUCGUGCACUGUAUAGCUGACUUCAUGGAGUACAUGGGUAUGAAGGGGGCGUCCCUGCCUCUCGGCUUCACCUUUUCUUUCCCCUGUCAUCAGACUCGACUUGACCAGGGUAUUCUGAUAAAGUGGACGAAGGGCUUUAAGGCCUCGGGCUGUGAGGGAGAGGACGUGGCCACACUGCUAAAAGAUGCCAUCCAUCGCAGUGAGGAGUUUGAUCUGGAUGUGGUUGCCGUGGUGAAUGACACCGUGGGCACUAUGAUGACGUGUGGCUAUGAAGACCCGCAGUGUGAAGUUGGGCUCAUUGUAGGGACAGGCACCAAUGCAUGCUACAUGGAGGAGAUGUCUAACGUUGAGCUAGUGGACGGAGACGAGGGCCGUAUGUGUGUGAACAUGGAGUGGGGAGCGUUUGGAGACUGUGGGGAGCUGGAUGAUUUCUCCACAGAGUUCGAUCGAGCUGUGGAUGAGCAGUCUGCUAACCCAGGCAAACAGCGGUAUGAAAAGAUGAUCAGUGGCAUGUAUCUGGGAGAGGUGGUUCGGAACGUUCUCCUGGACUUCACCUCUAAAGGUCUGCUGUUCCGCGGAAAACUCUCAGAGAGGCUCAAGACCCGCGGUAUCUUCGAGACCAAGUUUCUGUCGCAGAUCGAAAGUGACCGUUUGGCGCUGCGGCAGGUUCGCUCCAUCCUGCAGCACCUGGGCUUGAUCACCAGCACGUGUGACGACAGUAUUUUGGUGAAGGAGGUGUGCAGCGUGGUGUCCAAACGUGCCGCCCAGUUGUGCGGAGCCGGUCUGGCCGCCGUGGUGGACAAGAUACGCCUGAACCGUAACCUUGAUCAGCUGAAAAUCACAGUGGGAGUGGACGGCACGCUCUACAAACUCCACCCGCACUUUUCCAGCAUCAUGCGAGAGACUUUGAGAGACCUGGCGCCCAACUGUGAAGUUACUCUCAUCCAAUCGGAGGACGGCAGUGGCAAAGGUGCCGCCCUCAUCACGGCUGUGGCUUGCCGAUUGAGGGAUGCUGGAAAGUAGCGAUGCUAAAUGUGACGAAAUGAUCGAACAAAACAGAAAAUCGUCAGCAAACUGAUCUUCCAGACGACACUCCUGUUUAUAGAAGGAUGUAUUUUAUUUAUUUGUUUUUGUUUGUCAUCUUUCGGAUCCGUAAUAACAAGGAUUUCAAGGGAUAUUUCACCCAAAAAUAGGAAUUCUGUCAUAUACACCUUCAUGCUGUUCCAAACCCAUAUGACUGACUUUUUCUGUAAAAAAAACAAAUUACAUUUUUAACAAAACAUUUGUGACUGACCAUCUGUGAGUUCCAUCUGUUUUAAUUGCAUUUGAAAAGGAAUGUCAACAGUCCUCAUAAUUUCUCCACAUACUGUAGACUGAAUUGGCGUUUGGAAUGAUAUGGGGGUGAGAAAAUGACACAAUUUCCAUUUGUGGGUAAAAUGAUCGUGCUGGUGGCGGGUAUGGAAAGUGAACAAUCUGCGUGAAAAAAGCCGAAUGAGAUUUUAUUGACAUGAGAACUGUAAAUGGUGUAAUUAACUCCUACUGAAUGGGCACAAUUAACGUUAACCUUAAAUAUACUAUGAAGGCUGAUUUAUAGUACACUGUCUCUAGUGUUAAAUCUAAUCUAAUCUAGUCUAGUGUCUGAUGCUGAACAGGUUGCGUCAUGAUCUAAAGAAAGCCUUGAGAGCAAAGAUAACCCGAUGUGGGUUUCGAUAUUUACUGUCACAGAAUUUUGUACCGAAUAAUAUAUACUAAAAAAAUGUAUACAAUCUGAAAUCAUGAAAUAAAUCUGUAUAGUAACGAAGCCACAUGAAAGUAGGUGCUCUUUGUUUGGGUAGACAUUAUUUUUCGAUUGCAUUGGUCCCUUUUAUGUUUAAAAUGACAGCUGAAAUUACCACUGUUAGAUGCUGUGCAUCUCUUGGAUUUGCAUCUUUUGUCGCAGCUCUUGUAGGAUAUUUCAUAUUGAUGAAUGCUCAGACCUUAUCAACAUAGAGAUUUGAUGUUUGGAGUGUUUGGUGUGCCAUUUUCUGUAAGAGAAUAUCGAGUCCCUGUCCUUACAGAAUGUCAGCCACUCAGUCAAAAUCACGCAGGAAAAUAGCCCCUUUGAGUUCGGAAAACAAUCAAGAUCAGAACAGUCACUAAUGUUGUAUCGUUUACCUUCUCUUUCUGCCUAAUCUGAAUUAAAUUGUUGGUCGGGUUGAUUUAAUUGUGCAAUUUGUUGGCUCUCCAAAUCGUUUUGUACAUGUCUGUACAGUGCAAAAACCAAUAGCGGUUGACCGUGCAGGAAUCUGUGAAAUGUCAGGGCAUCUAUUUUUGUAUGUAAUUAAUGGUUCUCCUCGCAAGGUGUAGAAAUAUUCUUCUGGCUGAGAUUUUUCUAGCUGAGCACUGCAGGCUCUAGAGAAGAGACAAAUGAUUUUCUUUUGUUUCUUUUGCCAGUUAUGUGAUGAUCGUUGGUAUGUGAAUUGGUUUAUAUGUUAGGCUUGGACAAAAGGUUGUGAAUUUGAAUUGCCUUGAUGAGAUGAAUAGUUGAUCAAACUAUUUUAAGUGUGAGAAUUUAAAUCAAAUCUUUUUCAUCAAUACUUGUGUUAAUUAAAAUGCUAAUAACUAGAAUCGAAUAAAGACAAAAUCUAUAUAAA